CUGAGACCGGAACCCCAUCCGCGCCGCCCCUCCAUCCCCAUCCAUGGCAGACGACAGCGACGGCGAGGGGUUCUGCGCCGACCCGUUCGAGGACGAUAGCGACGGCGGUGACUCAUGCGACUAUCGCUGCUGCUGUGAUGAUGAUGACGAGGACGAGUGGUCAUGCGGUGCCCCCUGCGACGAGGACGACGACGACAUCAACGUCGAGGAGAUCUGCAGGGACCCGUGCGACAACGUCGUCGUCGUCGACGACGAAGACGAAGGGGAGGUCGAGGAAGCGUUAUGCCACGACGACGACGAAGGGGAGAGCGAUGGGUCGUUAUGCGACGAGGACGCCGAGGGCGAGCAGUUAUCCGACGACGACGAAUGCGAGGGGAAGGGCGGGGGAUUCGGCGACGACCGGUGUGACGAUGAGGACGAGGGCAAGCCCGACGGGGAGAGCGAGGAUUUCCGCGAGAACCCCUCCAACCAUGACGAAGAUGUCGGUGCGGAGGUGCUAUCCGGCGGCGGCGGCGGUGGCUUCCGCGGCGGGGAGUUAUUCGUCUCCCGCUUCCUUUUUUCAGAUGCUUCCGACAUCUCCGACUCCGAUCAUUCCGACUCCGAGGUAGAGGAGGCCGGCGGCGGAGAGGGGCUCACGCCCAGCGGGUUCGACCAGACGCCGUCGCCCGGGGCCUUCCGGAUGGCAGUGGGCGUAGAAGACAGCGACUCCGAUACCAUAUCCACCGAUUCCGAUUAUGAAGACGACUACGAAUUCUUCAAGCGGCCUGCGUCACGCCAGGCAGUGGAAGGCCUACCGGAGAUGAUCCUCAGCGAGGAGGAGGCCACGUGCGGCUGCGCGGUGUGCAAGGAUGUAUUCGCGUCAGGGCAGCGCGUUGUCUUUCUCCCGUGCAAGCACUACUUCCAUGGCGACUGCAUCCUGCCAUGGCUCGCCAUGAGGAGCACAUGCCCUGUGUGCCGGUAUCAACUCCCCACCGAUGAUACUGGGUCUGGGCAGCGACCGUCACAUCAAUUGAGGGUUCUUUUACCAGUGGGUCGUCAGGGUGCAUCUCAGCAGGUAUGAUCUUGGACAUUGUAGUGCUAAAUUCUUGGUUGCAUUGUCAUGGUAGGGUUGGAAUGUUUGUGAAAUUUGUGCGUGGGAUAUGGCAAGGUGAUUCAUAUAGUUCCAGUAUGCAAUAGUCCUGCAAUUCCUAGUUGCUUUGAUUGCUUAUUUGCAUCAAAAUAUCAUCUGACAUUCAGGAUUUGAGGUUAGCAAUGCUCUUUUUGCAUACGAAAUCUGAAUCUAUUCAAGGGUUGGGUUUUCUGUGGGGUGACCCAUGUGAACCGUAGAAGCAUAAAAGAAGUCUUUAGGAGAGCAGAAUUUUAGAAGCAUACAAUCUGUAUGCACGGAACCAAAUCACUGUUUCCUUUGUGCGUUUUACUGAAAUUGACUAACUGGUCAUUGUUUAUGCCUUGAACAAAUUGGUACCAGUCUGUUAGGCAAUGUGGUUUGAUCAUUUUCUUUUACAUAGUUACAUAUCGGCAGGGGAAAUUGUCAUCAGUAUUGACUCCAAGCUCCAAGCCCCAUUUGCACAUCAGAUUUUAGUAGUAUAUAAAGCAAUAGCGCACGUGUUGUCAUGGCAUUUACGAAAAGAAUACACUGGCGCAUAUGACGAUGUCCUAUUCUACUGUUGUUUGUGUUCGAGAUGAGGCAUUUCAAAUUUCAAUAUUGCUUCUUG